GUGUAGUCCCAUUUCUCCUGCUCACUAGUGACGUCAGAGCCUGUGCUGUCAGCCAGCUCGUGCUCUGCUCCGCUCUCCUCACACAGUCCGCACCGUGAGCUCGCACACCAUGCACCUGUACCGGGCAGCCUGGCAGAGACUGGCACCCCUGGCCACCGGCAGCCGGGGCACCGCAGCUCUGCUCCGAAAUGUUCGCACCCGCAAAAUGUCAUCUGCUAGUGUUCCUGGCUCGUCUGGAGUUGCCCUGCCUUACUACUUGUUUGUUGGUGUCACUUUUACUGGAGGUCUUUUUUACGUUUAUAGAACCCUAAACAGAGACCGUGCUCGUUUCCAGGAUCGCCAUGACUACUUUGGCCGGUCCAAAGAAGAACCUGAGCUGAGUGCAAAAGGUUUGGAGGCUGAACCCAAUGAUGUGUCUGAGGCCAUUGAGGAGGCUGCUGAAUCUGUAACAGUGGAAGCUGUUGCAGUGACUGUAGAAGAUGUUACUGAAGAAGAGUCUAUCCAAACUGCAUCUUUGGAAGAGGAGCUACCUCUGAUAGAAGAGCAGGAAACAGCAUCUCCUGCAGUGGAGGAGAUAACUGCAAGUUCUGAGGUCACCCCAACGCCAGUGGAAGAAAUAAUUGAAGUUACAGAAGAAGUAUUAGGUGGCUCUUCUUCUCCAGUACUAGAGGCAGUUUCAGACAAUGUCCUGGAGGACCUGGCUUCAGCAGUAGAGGAACUGGCUUCACCUACAGAUGACUGGGCUGAGCUCUCGGCAAGGAAACCAGAGGAGAUUGUUGAAGAGACUUUACAGGUUACAGAAGAGUAUAAUGAGAUUGAAGAAUCAGAGAAAGUGGCUGCAAGCUCCUAGAUAGAGAAAGUAGAGAAGGUACUGUUACUGUGAUGCCCAAAUUACUCUCUGCCACCAAUCCGGAACCAGCACGAAUGCACAUUCCUGAACCCUUCAUAGAGUGCUCGCUCUUUCCUUCCCGUUAUUCUGUUAUGGUGCUAAGAUGACUGGCCCAACAAAUGGGUAUACACGCUGUGGUUAUUUAACUCCAUCAAUAAUGGAAGUGAAGAUCUGAGUUAUUGUCAACUGUCACCUGGAAAGGAUGUGAAAUGAAAUUCGUCCCUGGAACCUACACAAUCCACCCAUGUUAGUCUGUUAUCCGAACUUGGAAAGCCCUUACAAAGAUAUUUAUAAACAAGUAAUAGCUAACUAUAUAUUUAUAUCUGGGGAUAUUAAGAUCUGCAAUUCAAUAACAGUUGAAACACUAUAGGGGUUAUUUGCCAAGCUUAUAAUUGGCAAAAUUUAGUCCCCAAACUUGAAAUUCAGUAGUGGUUAUAGAUUUUUCUUUUUGUCAAUGUUAGACUAGAAUUUGCUGUUAAAUUCCUGAGCAUUUCCUGUAAAACCAAAACUGUCUGGGUUGGCUACCAUAGGUACAGGGGUGUAGCAAUGCACUACUGUCUCUGCCCCACAUCAUGCAUGGGAUUCAUCAUCUAAAUACAAAAUACAAUCUGCAUAUUCACUUCAAUUAUAGCAAUACACAUUCCAAAGACUAUUUUACCACUGUAAGAAAUUAUACAACCAUCUCUGUUUUAGCUGCAAUGGAAUUUAAUCAACUAGGAUCAUGGGCAUGCUAUAGACAAUCUGUAUAUAGACUGGAAAAAGUAUGCACAAUUGGGCAUGUUCUGAUAACUGUAUGCUAUGCAUUGUUACACGCUAGUCAGUAAUAUCUGCACAGUCUGCAUCAUUCGUGGAUCAGGAAACUUUAAUCGAUAACUGCACUGUACAUUGUUGCUCCUCCUCUGUUUAAGGUGGUGUUGAACACACAACUGAUUUUUUUUUUUUUAUUACAUAAAUACACAUAUCGUAAAAUAGGUUUACAAAUCAAACAAAAACUACCAGGAGCACAAAAUAUAAUAUGGAGUAAAGCUUUAAACGUAUCUCAGGAUUGCAGGUUUGUUUCAGUAAUUUUUCCUUGGUUGAAAUACCAGUUUAGACUUGUGGGUCUGAAAUUAGUUUUCAAGGAUGAGCCAACAUGAGCCAAUUUUAGUGACAUACUCAUUGGAAUGGAAUUUGGGUAAUACCCAAAUCAUGCUUUAAUGGCGGUUCUCAAUUUCAAAUGUGAAUAUGGCUUAUUUAGAAUAAAAAAUUGAUUCGUGAUUAUUUUUAAAUGUAUUGACACUGUAGAAUUCUGUUGCAUUGUUAUUAGACCUUCUAUUCUUUCACUAUGAAGGUAUAUUAACAUAUGUCACUAGUUAAUACCUUUUGUGAAAAAAGGAGUCAAAUAGGUCUUAAAGUAUUACCACAUAGGAGACUCAUCGUACCACUGUGAAUUGCUAUUACACCUGAAGUCCUACCUCACUCUGUUUCUUUAAAUACAUUGUCGAAUGCUUGAGGUGUGUAUGUACCACUUUUUUAGCACAGAUACACAGCGGGCAGGGUUCAAAAACAUUCCUAAUAUGUUCUUCUUAACAUACUUGCAGUAUUCUCAUUUAGGAAACCUACAGCUUGAAAUAUUACCUUGAAAAAUAAAUACAACUUUUAAC